AAAUGAAGAUAGCAUUCAGUAUAAUUGGAGGUGUCAUUGAAAUUGUAAUUAAGAGGGAAUCUGAUAAUUUAUUGUUGAUGGCAAACCAUCCAGUAGAAUUAUGGGGAAUCAAUGAUUGUCAGAUUUUCAAGUGGAACAUUAAAUCUUGGUUACAUGCAAAAGGAGUACUGGCUUCAAGUCUUGCUAUUGACACUAAUAAUAGUAUUUGGUGUACCACUAAAGAUCAUAAAAUUUACAGACUAGUGGGUGGAAUUGAUAAUAAAUAUGAUGAAAAUAAUAUAUGGGAAAUUAAUUCAAAAGAUGAAGUUUUUUAUAGGAGAGGUAACGUUUGGAUUCAAGCUUCCGGUAAUCUUUCUCAAGUUUCUGUUGUAGCGGAUGGAAUUUGCUGGGGUAAAUGCUAA